UGCUUUCUAAACCUUGCAGAAAAUGGCGGAAAGCUUGCUGAACGUGAGUCAAAUUAGGAAAAACAAACGACAUCAGUAGCCAAUUACAACAUGUCUAGGUUAACAGAACAGCAAAUCUUGUCAAGAGCCAGAGCCUCCUCUCUUGAAAAUGUGAAGAAUCUUAAUUUUUGGUGAGCGAGCGACACUUUUUUCACCUCUAUUGUAGAACGAGAUCGAAGGAAAAUGACGCUAUAUUUUUGUUGUCAUAGUUUCACGUAUAUAUAUUUUCUCUCCUUGUAGGGGAAGUGAUUUGAGCGACGUAAGUACAGUACGAUUGCUUGCCUUGUUUUAUAUUCUGAACAUAAUUGAUGAUGUCUGUUAUUAAAACCCAGUGAUUUUUUUUAUAUAAUUAUAUAAAAUUCCUUUAUAUUUCAACAAGGAUAAGAUUUUUAUUGGUCUCAAUCUUAUUUACACACAAUUUCAUUGUUUUUCUCCUCCAGAUUUCUGUUUUACGCCAGAUGCCAAAUGUUGAAGUUUUAAGUUUAAGGUUUGUGUUGGGAAGUGAAUGCUCUUAUACACAGUCAUUUAAAUUUUCAACCAAAGGUCUUUUUCACUGCACUGACAUUCCUUAGCCUGGUCUUUCUCUUUGAUCAUUUGAAAUUGUAGAUUUCAAGCAUACUUUUUUUUUUUAGUGUUAACAACAUAUCAAGCCUGGAAGACUAAACCCUAACCCUAAGCAAUUUUCAACCAAAGGUCUUUGUCACUGCAUUGACAUUCCUUAGCCUGGUCUUUCUCUUUGAUCAUUUGAAAUUUUAGAUUUCAAGCAUACUUUUUUUUAGUGUUAACAACAUAUCAAGCCUGGAAGACUAAACCCUAACCCUAAGCAAUUUUCAACCAAAGGUCUUUGUCACUGCAUUGACAUUCCUUAGCCUGGUCUUUCUCUUUGAUCAUUUGAAAUUUUAGAUUUCAAGUAUACUUUUUUUUUUAGUGUUAACAACAUAUCAAGCCUGGAAGACUUUGCACAUUGUAAGUAUUGUUGAUUUUGGUUUGAUAGAAAUUAUUCAUGUAUGGGUUCUCUAACAACUCACAAGAUUGAACAAUUUAUAAGAUUGAUACUGAGGUUUAGUUAUUUUUUUUCUUGCAAGAAGGUGUAAUUAAGGUGAGGACUUGGGAAAAGUGCACCCUAAAACAGAGAUUUUUCCCAGGGCUAGUGACAGAUGCAAAGAUUGUGGGAAUAUUUAUUUCAGGAAUCACAAAUGUUUGUGUUUCUUGAUGGAUGGUGUCCCCUUAAUUGAAGUGUCUGUAAUCUUUUCACUACACAAAUAGAACAAGCUUACCUGGGGUACCCAUGGGAGACAUGGUAGCCCAAUUGUUCAAAGGGAGGAAUGCUAUCUACUGGGAAAAUCUGUAUCCAGUGGAUAGUGUAAUGUGUUUUGUUAACAUUCAUCUGCUGGAUAGCAAUUUAUCCAUUGGAUAGCUUUAUGCAACCUUUGAACUACAAGGCUAAUAGUUGCUAGGCUGGACUGUUGGUCAAGAGGUCUGGGUUUGAGAAGCCUGAAGAAGCAGGAUAAGUUCUGGCUCCAUGCACUAUUAGGUUCAAGUACAGACUUCGCCUUUUUAUCUAGGAUACUCGGGGGCUGCCAUGCAUCCAAAUACCAUUCCAAAUGUCAGAUGCCUGGCCACAAGCCUUCUUUCCACACACAAUCUCAAAAGAUAACCUGGGCAUCUGGUAAUCAAAUUAAUCAAACCCCCUGGGUGGCUUAUCCUUACCAUGAUGUUUCUUAGAUUUCCCUGAAAUACUGAGGGCAAGGACAGUCACCUGAAAGCUACCCACAUUACCUUUUGGAACGAGGCAUGCACCUUUACAUUUUUUUCCAACAAUGUUUCUCAAGAGAGUUGUAUAGUACAUCACACAUACUUGACUACUGAAUAUAAAGUUUCUCUCCGCCCACACUCCCAUCCUUAACCCUUUAACUCCCAUGAUCUGGUUGUUAAUUCUCCCCUUUAGCUUUUUUUCCUUUUUUCCUCCUUUCCUUUUCCUUGUAAAUAUAUCGUAAAAAUUUGGUGUAAGAUCUAGAUAACAACUUGUACCUGAUAAGUUCUAGUAUAAUUCAUGGAUAGUGUUGAGAGAAGUUACAUUUUAAUCACUUCUGGGAGUUGAAGGGUUAAUCAUUGACCGAUAACUUUGAUAAAUUUCUAGUGAACUACAUUGUUUGCUUCUGUUCUUCUUAUUUUGUUUCGUGAAGGUCCAAGGUUAAGAGAACUAUAUUUGAGGAAGAAUAACAUUGAAGAUAUCAGUGAGAUAGGUUGUCUGAAGAACCUUCCUAAGCUAAGAGUGCUGUGGCUUUCGGACAAUCCAUGUGCUAAUGUGGAACAUUACCGAAUGACUGUUCUAAAGAAUUUACCCAAACUCACUAAGCUGGACACUGUAGGUUGGUGAAAUUAUAUCUGUUUUAGUGACAUCAGAGGCUAUUGUUUUCUUUCAUUGCUCCUUUUUCCUUUUGUUUUCCCUGCCUUUUCUCUGUGUGCAAAAUGAGGGACUUAAUACUCAGUAUCAGAGGUGAAUGUUGAACAUUUCCUAACCCUUUCACUCCCAAGAUCUCAUUAGUAAUUCUCCUUACUGUCUGACAUACAGUUCUUGUGAGGUUAUGUCAGAGAAUUUGGUUUUGGAUCAACUAAUGAUCCCUUGGCUGAUAUUUUCUUUUUUCUCAUCACUUACGUACUUGAUAUUGUCUUGAUAUUGUAAGGAGAAAUUCUGUCUCGGUCACUCAUGAGAGUGAAAGGGUUAAAACAGGAAUCAGAUUUCAUAGCAAGAUCUUUAUAGGUGUUAAUUGAAGAAAUAUUGUUCCCAAUUGCAUCAUGAUUUUCACAACUUUAGGAUGAAAUGUCUUAACCAAGCUCUGCAAUGAAUGUCAAUCAGAAAUAGGAGAGAUUCAAAUUAAUUGAGUACAUAUUGUCUUACUAGUGGUUGAGGAGUCAGAAGUGGAGGAAGCAGCCAAAGAAGGAACCGAAAUCAAAACACCAGAUGAAAUUCCUGUCCAUGAUUUAGAAUUGACUGCCACCGUUGGAAAGGUGAUGAUAGAAAUUUUUAUUUUCAACUCAUUUAUUUACAUAGUUGUACAGUAACACCUAUUGACUGGUCUAACUGAGUUGCUUUCAUGCCAGUCUUAACCUGUAUUACCUGAGAAUGACCAGCAUUUGAUUUUCUCCUUACAGCUAUACUGCAGAAGCAUUCACUGAGGUUAUGAGAAUAUACAAAAUGAGUCUCAACCUAAGGAGCUUUGACUAUUGAACAAAUUCUCUUUGUCAGCACUGAAGGAAACGUGUAAAAAAAGUAUGGAGAAUAUAGAUACCUAUGUUAGGGUGUAAAGGGUUAAACUUUUUACCCAUUUUUCUGCAGGAUGCUCUCAAAACUGUUAGUGCUUUAAGUGAGGAUGCUAAUCAACAAGUGUCAACAGGUAGGUUUCAUAAACAAGUUCAGCUAAAUGUCCAAUUUCAAUGAUGAUAUUUUAAUCAAUCUUUCGCUCUCUAGAAUCUGCAUUGGUAGGAAUUUUUCCUGGGAAGCUCUAGAGAGAGGAAAGCUAGGAUGAUACAGAGAAAUGUGAAUAAGAUUGCAAAGCACUCAGUGUAGGCUAUAUUGCAGGCAUUGUAUUCAGAAUAAAUUGGUAUUUUCAUAACUUGCCACACCACCAUGUUAAACAAAAUUAUAUUGUGGGAAAUCCAAUCAAGGACAAGCAUUGCAUUGACAAUCUGGUAAAGGGGGUCAAAAUUUGGAAAUAGUGCUGCUUUUCUUAAUGUUCAUUUUUGACAUGUCUAUUUUGUUUUCAUCUGCAGAAAAGGGUGAUCCAGAAUCAGCACAAAGCAAUUUAGUAAAUGAAACCAAGUAUGUAGAACUAUACAGACCUAAGUGCUUAAGGUUUGCCUUUUUUGCAAUUGCUUUAAAGUAGAAUGGUAAACUCAUUUGAUCAGGCAAUGGUCCUUGUACACAGGUGGGAUGCAGUCUUCUCAAUUUCAUAGAAAGGCAUAAAAUAGCUGGACUCUUGACUUUGUAGAAAUCCUUUUUUAAAAUUCCAGGAUGGUUUUGCAUGAAAUACAGUUAAGAGGGGUGAUUUCAUCAAGUGAGUUGGCCUCUGGACUGCAGAUUAACCCUUUAAGAGCGACUAGAAUCCAAAUUCUCCUCACAAUACCACUCCUGAAUCAUUUUGCAUUUGGACCCAACUAGUAUCUGGGAGGCUCAAAUAAGAAUCCUAUCUUUGUUUUCACUGAAUUGUAUUUGGUUUUUGUCAGUAAACUUCGAGCCCAGUUAGGACUGAAGCCACUGAUGUUGGAUGAUCAAACCAAUGGUGUGACAACCAUGGCGGCAACAGAUUCCCAUCGAACAGAGCCUGUAACAGUUUCUCCCACCCCUAGAGUAAGUUUUGGUUCUGUAAAUGAUUCAAUAUUUUUAAGAAUCGUUAUUUAUUUGCGCCAUUUGCUACACUGAAGCACAAAAGUAUUCGCCUGUUGUUAUGAUGAGGAACGUUUUGGGUAAACGUAACUAUUUGUUCAUGCGUCAGAGUUCAUCGAGAUAUGAAGCGCACGGGAAGUUAAAAGAGCACGAAAGAUGCUGGAAAGUCAGGGGAUUUUUCAAUAGCAUUUUGCACGCUAGGGUAUGUCAAGGAAAAUCUCUGAACAAGGGUUUUCAUAGAGAAAAAAAAGACAAAACAAAACAGGUAAUACCUCGAACGAACUGGUAGUUCUCAAAUUAUUUUGUUUCCCAGGCACUUCUUGCGCUUUUUAAUCACAUAAACAUUAAAAUCGUCCUUGAAUUGAUCAUGGACUUUUAUGAGAUCCAAAAAGCACCCAGCCUCAUUUACAGUUCUUUUACUGAAAUCUUGGCCUCUAACACUGAAAAAAAAAUCGAAAAUUCGUUCUUCUGUAACCUGUAAAUAGGAAGGAUUUGAACAAAGAUUUAAAUCUGCGCUUUCUAUCAUACCAUCUGACUGUUUUGUAUAGGUGGCACUGGUUUCAGUAAACGCACAGUAAGCUUUUUAAAUCAAACGUCUUGUUAAAACUAAAUUCUCUUUUUCUCGCAGAGUCAGAAUAUUUUAUCUGCAGUUCUUACUUUGGUACAAGAACUCGACCGUACAAGUCUCUUAACUCUUCGACAAGAGAUUGACCAACAUCUUCAAGAUCUUAAUGAUGAUGUAGAAAGUAAACCGUAUUCUGAGAACAAACCUCCUCCAAAUGAAAAGGAGGCAAUGGUGGACUAAGACUGAAACUGCGAUGCUUUUAUAUUAACGUAGAUGUUGGACUUAUAUCCGUAGCUAAAAUGACAGACUACCUUGUCUUGACAAGUAGAAGUCAUCUUGUAAAUCUCAUUCUGAUAACAAACCUCCACAAGAGAGGGAAGAAAUUUUGGACUGAGAAAUAGGGUCUGCUUUUCCUUUACCUUAGAAAUUGGACUUCUAUCCGGCGUAGCUGAAAGGACGGAAUUUCUUGUUCUGACAAAUAGAAAGCAUCUUGAAAUUUAAUUCAUCGGUGUUUUUGGAAGUCUUACAUGUAGCUCACAUAUUUAGAAGGGGAUCGUGUGGAAUUUUGAUCUACACUGAAUCUGAUUGAGAAGGAUUAAUGAUAUAUACUUCUGGGCGGGUAGCUUGGUUUAUCAAAUUAUCCAAGUUUGCAAACUAUUCAUCUCAUUGCCUGACUACUAGUGUCUAAAAUGCAAAAUUGGCCACUAGCAUCCAAAAUCCAAAAUUUGCCACCAGUAUCCAAAAUGGAUGAUCAGCCAUUAGUGUCCAAAAUCUAAAAUCGGCAACAGGUGUCCAAAACCCAAUAUUGGCCCCUAGUGUCCAAAAUCCAAUGUUGACCACUGGUACCUUCAUAAUAGACAUUUAAACCGGGUGGCCUUAAACCAAAACACAACAACUAAUCAGAACAAAGGGGAAUAUGGCCAUAGCCAUUAAGAGCCCGGAGUAAUGCCAUGCAGAUUGUUUGAAGCACAGGAAAAUGCAAGUGACCUGCAAGUUGUGACUGCUUUUUUAGUUGUGCAUCAGAUUGGUGGUUGAAAGGGUGACAGGAGUUUCCUGAGCCAAUCAUAGUGCAAAUAAAACAGAGUUAACACAAUAUCCCGGAAUACUUUCGACACUCAGGUGGAAAUGACUCUACCAAUCAAAUACCAGAAAUGUUGAUUCACUCUCUGUUCCCUCCUCCACAAAUAACCAAUUCCACGCAUUGUUCAUUCCAG